CGCACCUCCGUGACUGCGGUAACGUUGUUGUGGAAUGACGUCACGGCGGUGAAAUGCAGGCGCAGCGGCGGCCAUGACUGCGGGCUCUGUGAUUAUUUAAUCCGGAUUAAAUACUGGCGGAAAACGUCCAUGGCAAGAGCCACGAGUCAGAUGUAUGAUGUCGUACCCCUCCACACCUCUGGUCUCUGCCCGUGUCCAUCCAUGGUAAGAGGUCAGCAGGAAGCACCCCAUCGCCACGGCAACAGCAUGGAGGGCCAGGCCCCGCCCCCUCAGCCGACCCAGCCACGCAAGAAGAGACCAGAGGAUUUCAAAUUCGGCAAAAUCCUGGGAGAGGGCUCCUUCUCUACGGUUGUCCUGGCGAAAGAACACUCGACGGGGAAGGAGUAUGCAAUUAAGAUCCUGGAGAAGCGCCACAUCAUGAAGGAGAACAAGGCGCAGUACGUGAAGAGAGAGAGGGACGUGAUGUCGAACCUGGAUCACCCGUUCUUUGUAAAAUUAUACUUUACUUUCCAGGAUGAGGAGAAGCUCUAUUUCGGUCUGAGUUACGCCAAGAACGGCGAGUUGUUAAAGUACAUCCGCAAAAUCGGUUCCUUCGACGAGACCUGCACGCGGUUCUACUCGGCCGAGAUCGUCUGUGCGCUCAAGUACCUGCACCAGAAGGGCAUCAUCCACAGAGAUCUGAAGCCAGAAAACAUUUUGCUCAGUGAAGACAUGCACAUUCAGAUCACAGACUUCGGCACAGCCAAACAGCUUUCCUCUGACAGUAGGCAGGCGCGGGCGAAUUCGUUUGUUGGUACGGCUCAGUACGUCUCCCCAGAGUUACUGACGGAGAAGUCUGCCUGUAAGAGUUCGGAUCUCUGGGCGUUAGGCUGCAUUAUAUACCAGCUGGUUGCCGGGUUACCGCCCUUCAGAGCAGGAAAUGAGUAUCUUAUAUUCCAGAAGAUUAUUAAAUUAGAGUACGAGUUUCCUGAGAAAUUCUUCCCCAAAGCCAAGAAUCUUGUGGAACAACUUCUGUUGUUGGAUCCUUGCAAGCGGAUUGGCUGUGAGGAAAUGGGCGGGUACGAGCCGCUGAAAUCCCACCCUUUCUUUGAGUCGAUCGGCUGGGACGACUUGCACCUGCAGACUCCGCCUAAGCUCACACCUUACCUGCCCGCCAUGUCUGAGGAUGAUGAGGACUGCUAUGGGAAUUAUGACGACCUCUUAAGCCAGUUUAGCAGCAUGCAGGUGGCGCAGCCCGGCCCCUCGCCCUCAUUGUCAGAACCGUCAGAAAGUCCGCUUCCUGUCUGUAACCCCGCCCCCAGCGUGGAUCAGUUCAUCCACGUCCAUGAGCUGGACAGCAAUAGCAUGGAGUUGGACUUGCAGUUCAGCGAGGAGGAGAAGCGUCUCCUGCUAGACAAGCAAAGCACCGCAAACCCAUGGCACCAGUUUGUGGAGAAUAACCUCAUCCUGAAGAUGGGCCCAGUCGACAAGCGCAAGGGUCUGUUUGCACGGCGCAGGCAGCUGCUCUUGACUGAAGGUCCUCACCUGUACUAUGUUGAUCCGGUAAAUAAGGUCCUAAAGGGGGAGAUCCCCUGGUCACCAGAGCUGCGGCCAGAAGCCAAGAACUUCAAAACCUUCUUCGUCCACACGCCGAACCGGACCUACUACCUGAUGGACCCGAGCGGCAACGCUGAUAAAUGGUGCAAGAAGAUCCAAGAAGUGUGGAGGAAGAUCUACCACAAACAUCAGAACCCUAGCGUAUAGGAGCUUUCCCCUACGGCCACGCCCCCCAGCACCCCUUCGACCAAUCACAGAACAGACACACCUCCGCCGCUCUCUCUUGCUGUCGCUCUCUCCAUCUGUCUCUUUCCUCCUUGGGUCUUAACGCAGGGGGUGUGUCCUGUCUGUCUGAUUGGUCUGCGUUUAGAGUUAAGGCGGGUCCUUUGCCCUGAUUGACCGCAGUAGCUGGUCUAGCUGAUCUGAUUGGAGGAUGUGGUGGUUUUGUGUGUUUUUUUUUUUUGUUUUUUUUUUUAGUUUUUUAGUUUUUUUUGUUUAGUUUCUUUUUCCCUCCCAAAAUCCCCCCCAAAAAACUGAUUUAAAAAAAAAAAAAAGACAGAAAACCAUUGCAAUCAUCUCCCCACUGCAGAACUAUGGGUAAUGUAGUUCUCCUGACCGUAAUCCAUCACCUCGCCCUCCCUUCCACCCAUAAGGCCCUGAGCCAAUAGCGUGACUGAUCUUCAGUUCUUAUUUUUGUUUCAUUCGUUUUUCUUUCAAAUCGUCUGCAAUGGGAUAUGGACUGUGUGUGUUCCUGAGUGAAGACAUGAGCAGGUGUGUGUGUGUGUGUGUGUGUGUGGAUACGAUUGGAUGAUUGAGAGUGUGUAUGUGAGCACAUUCUUUCUUUCACAUGGGUGUUUUUAACAGGUAGGAGAUGAGCGUGUGUGUGUAUGAGCGUGUGUGUAUGAGCGUGUGUGUGUGUGUGUCCUCCUCCUGGUUGGUAACUGAUGACUGUGAUGUAUAGUUGAUGUAAUAUUGAACUUGGAUGCGAGUGCAGCGAGGCGACUCUUGGAUCCGGGUUUUGUAUUUUUAUUCUUGUAUAAGGUUAUUUGGGCUCGUCUCCGUUCAGAGGCCCAGCAACUCUGUGUUAUUUAAAUUCUAAUAUAUGAGAAUCAUAUUUGGAUUGAAGUCACGUUCGAGGGCCUUGCUGUGUAUGUUUUUGAAAUGUAAAGCCUUUGAAUGUGAAGAAUUAUUGUAAACUAUGAUAUUUUACAGCUUGUUUUUUUUUUGUUUGUUUGUUUUUGUUUGUUUUCUUCUUACUAUAUCAUAAAACAUUUUCUAUUUGCUCAAUGAUCGACUCAUAUUCUGAUAAUUUAAAGCCUUUUCCAUUCACAGGCUCUGGCCCAUGCGUGAGUGAGUGAGUGAGAGUGUGUGUGUGUGUGUGUGUGCGUGCGUGUGGGCGGAGCCUGGUUUGCGUUUGGAUCUGUGUGUAUUUUUCCUCGUCCAGCUCUCGAGCUUGACGCCACCUAGAACUGAAAUAAAGCAUGUAGGGGUUUAGGCCAAUAGAAA